CUGUUAAUUGUUUUAAAUCAAUUCUCUGUUUACAAUGCAUUGGUUUUUGGUAUAUUCACAGAGCUGUGUAUUCAUUAUCACAAUUAAUUUUAGAACAUCUUCAUUAUCAUUAUCCCAAAAAAGAAACAUCACUCCCCUAGCCAUCACUCCCCAGCUCUGGUGCCACCCCUCUCCCACAGCACACUCCCUCUGCCCUGAGUGGUCACUAGUCUACUUUCUGUCUCUAUAGAUUUGCCUAUUCUGGGCCUUUUAUAUAAGCAACAUCAUACAGUACAUGGUCAUUUGUGACCAGCUUCUUUUACCUAGCAUAUUUUAAAGUUUGUCCAAAAACUUUUAUUCAGAGUUUUCUUUGUUACAUUAAGAUUCUCAGAGGAACACCUAUCCUGUAGGAAGAAGGAUGAAGUGACUUUUUUUUCUGUUCAUCCAUGAGCUCGGAUUUCCCACAUUACAAUUUCAGGAUGCCUAAUAUUGGAUUCCAGAAUUUGCCUCUCAACAUAUAUAUUGUGGUUUUUGGCACGGCUAUAUUUGUCUUCAUCCUUAGUUUGCUAUUCUGUUGCUAUUUGAUUAGGCUAAGACAUCAAGCACAUAAAGAAUUUUAUGCCUACAAACAGGUUAUAUUAAAAGAGAAAGUAAAAGAACUGAAUUUACAUGAGCUCUGUGCUGUGUGUCUAGAAGACUUCAAGCCUCGAGAUGAGUUGGGGAUUUGUCCAUGUAAGCAUGCCUUCCACAGAAAGUGCCUUAUUAAGUGGCUGGAGGUCAGGAAAGUGUGUCCAUUGUGCAACAUGCCAGUUCUGCAGCUGGCCCAGUUGCACAGUAAGCAGGACCGAGGACCCCCGCAGGGGCCCCUCCCCGGGGCAGAGAACAUUGUAUAGUUCAUCAAAGGUCAGACUGUUGCGGUCCGACGUCCGCGUGGAGCCAGGAGGAACACAAGCGGUCUCUGUGCUGGCUGCUCUACCUGGGGCACCAGCUGCCACUUCCUUUGUCUCAUGAAGAACUCUUGGGCCAGCUAAGCUUGGAACCCAAACAUCUGGGUCUAGUGACAACCAAAGCACUCUGACACUACCCCAUGCCAAGAGCAGAGUCGUCGGUGAGCCUGCGGGUUUGGUUCAAGAAACUUCAUGAGGUCUCUCGCUAACUCCAUUGUACUCUGUCUCCCAGACACUUCUCUCCACGGCAAGGUGAAUCCUUAUCAGGCAGAAGGGAAGAUAAACACGAGUGUCAGAGAAGGGAACUAAAGGCAGGUCCUUAGCACCACCCCGACCCUGAGAACAGACGAGCUUCUCUACAGACCGUGCAUGCCUUUGCCGCAGCAGACCCUCCCGGCAGCCCCCGAGCCAACUAAAACCAGCGGUUACCUCAGCCAAAGCAUGACCAGGCACCAGUAGUUGGUGAGGCAAUGCCAACAGGCUGCUCCUGUUACAUUCCUUUGCUAAGGCCAGCUGGGAAACCCAGCGCUUUGGUCACACCAGAGCAGCGGUUCCCCUCACCGCCUUCCCUCCCUCAAGUUCACGACACUCGUUUAUCAAAUCAUCUGAGCUAGAAACAUUAGCUGUACUUGGAAAGGCCUGGUCAGAAGCCAUUUCCUCUUAUUUACCCCUCCUCGACAGUGGGGUGCAGCCAAGCCACCCAUGAGGAGCCCCCGCAUGGGGAGAGCCCGAGCCCAUGCUGUCCCUGUGUGACCCGGGGAGCCCGCGGGUGCUGUCCACGCCCCACACCCACAGUGCGGGUCGGCGUAGCUGCUGGCCCGGCCCACUGCCUCAAGGAUGUCACCAUGAGCCCUUUGCGCAGAUCCGGAGAAGAGCAGCUUUCCGAGAAUGGCCGGUCCUGGCCCCGCGAGCUGAGAGGAGAGUGCGGACCCCUCCUUCCCCCUCCUUCCUCCUCCUUCCUCCCGUCCCCUGUCCUCUUCUCCCGGUUUCAACUUAAAACAAAAUGCCUGUCAUUGGCUUUUUAACGAUUUAAGGUAUUCCAAAUAAGAUCCCUGGUACGUGUGAAGCCGGGAUCUACUUGAAUUGUAAAUAGUUCUGGAAGCUCCUGCAGGGCUGUGUACCCAGUGGUGUGUGCCUCAGUGUUUGGACUUGGAUAACUAAUUGACAGUGUCUUUAUAGGAGAGAAAUGCAUGCUGCUCUUUGGUUCUUUCUGUCCAACUUUUCUAGAAAUGACUCGGAGUCCAUUAGGAUUCAUGACUGUUGUAUAAAUUAGCUAUGGGAAGCAGCACCGGGUCAGAGAGAAAGUCAUUGUCCAUACCCCUGCUAUCCGCCGCCCGUCACAGGUCCAGAGGCUUCACCGGCCCACAGGUGUGUGGGGGGUGGUUUCUUGUUGGAAAUACAGGCUGUGUCGGGAUAGGGAUGGAGGGAGCUUUGCUGCUCUGUCAUGGCCUGUCUCCAGGAAUUUUUUCUGGAAUCCAGCCUCUACCUUCUUAGAAUGGGAAAGGAAACCUGUCCUUGGCUCGGGAGGUUGGGGUCAAAUGAGAGGAAAAUUCUCAUUCACCUGGAAAAGUGCUGGGCAGAAUCCAGUUUGGAAAAUUACAAAUCCAGUGGGUCAGAUUGGCUCUUUCCUGUGUGCGACCUGCCCGUGGCAGGCUGACCAGACUGCUGCUUGCACAGGGCGCGGGAGGCCUGGUGUGUUUGUAUGUGAAAGCCUUAGCCCGCGCGGCCCCCGUGAAAGGAACGGUUUGCACAUGCUACUCCCACCCUGUUCCUGGGUUUGUAGCACAAUAGCGUUGAGUGCUGCAUGGCACCCAGUUUACAGUAAAAUGUGACCAGUUUCAGAAACAGGCUUGGCACAAAUGUCAUCUCUUCAUGUGGGUUCCAACAGAAAAAUUUUCCCCUCAAAAGAGAAAUUCGUGUGUUCUCUACUGCAGAUUAUUUUAAUUCACAGGUUUUGUAGGAUUAGUCUUUCAGUUGCAGGCUUUCUGUCCCUCUGCAUCAGCACCAAAGAAUCUCACCAAGUCCUUGUACUUACAGGGAAGUAAAUUAAUUCAUCUCGCUGUGUCACAGCUAAAGGCAAGUGGGGUGGUUGGUGCCAGCACAGAACAAGGAGCAGAAGCCAGGUAGUUCCAGCCAUCAGUCGAAAGCCCGAGGAGGCGGGGUACUCUCCGCUGCGCGCCAUCGCGCAUGGGCUUUGUCCCAUGAGGCACCUUUGACCCAACCUCAACACAGGUAAAGGUGGAGGGCUUUUGAAAAUGCAGCUUCCCCAUCAGGGUGGGGUGGGGCUGGACCCUAAAGCGGGGUGUCCACUCCCCCUUGGCUUGUCCUGCUGCAGCUUGGCCAGUGUCGCUCAGUCAUUCCCAUGAUUCUCAUCAACAUAAGCAGAAUGUGGUCACACCCACGUCUGCUUCCUGUGCUGCUAUAACUGAUGGCUGGGUUUACUUCAGCGCCUGAUUAAAGUCAGGUUCGCGUGAAGGACAAGGUUAAAUCUCUGCCCAGAAUGUUUUUUAAUGAGCUGAGGAGCCUUCAUAUUAUUGUCUGCGGCUCACACCUCGCAGUGAGAGAGGUAAGGCUGCCCUGUCCACAUCUCCAAGAUGUUCGUGACCUUUGCUAAUCUUCAGUCGUGGGGGUCCAGGUACACAGUGGGGGCCACUGACUGGUGACAUGAUUUGUCUUCAAUGUGUCUUAAGCAGCUCAAAGAUUGGGUGAAGCGUGGUGUGUGUUUAGUGGAGAACUUGGGCCCCAUGUGGACGCCACAGGUAGCUGAAUCAUUACCUAGUUGCAAAGGUACCCCUGAAUCAGCCUGACUUGAUUCCUGGGUGAGUAGCCUUGACACUAGGCGGUGUCACCUGCCACUUUCCUUUGCCACAUGACGUGGCAGGCCUGUCCCUAGCAGGUAAAUUCCUAUAGCCUGUGCUUGUCUAGCUGGGGAGGACAAGUCAGAAAUGACCAGAUGGGAAGCCUGGACUCGAGGGUACAGGGGCCCUCCCUCCACAAGUCAAAUACCCUGUUCUCAACAAGUGUUGACAUAAAGAUCCUUGUCCUCAGUGCCAAGCUCCGCAGGUCCCCAAACCCUUCCACAACCCCACUCCAAAGCAUGUCAUCUCCCUGGCCUGAGUCCACUCCAUUAAGCUACUCUGAGCGACUAAUGACUUUUCUGAAAGGUCUUGUGAGCAUUUUGAAAGAGAGAGGCACCCCCAGAGUGCUGAGCUGAGUGUGCACUCAGUGACUUGCCACUCACCAGCUAUGUGCCCUCCCACAGGUUAACCUCUCAAAGCCUGUUCCGUAUCAGUCAUCCCGGGAUUGUACUGUGUCCUUACUGGUUCUUGUGAGGAUUAAUGCCCCUCAUCCUGCAGGCCUGGGGUGCUGGGUGCUACUGAUACUGGGUAACACCAUGCAGGAUGCUUGAGACUACUGUUCUGCAGAAACAGAACCCCAGCGACAACCUCCUGGGUGUGGGCACUUUCCCCAGGGUCUGUGUUCAUCCGCCUCCCUUUUCUUCUGACCUGCCAUAGUCCUCUCCAACUGCCUUUGACCACAGCACUCCCCAGUUUGGUUGCUCAGUGCUGAAUAUUGCUUUAGUAUUUUUCAAAGGCUUCCACGAUUCACGAGUCAUGUAAAAUGUUUAUACAUUUUAGUCUUCCUUGCAUCUGAGCAGCUUCUCACCCACUGUGUUUGUGGUGUUUCAGAGAUCAUUUCUGCAUGUACAAAUUACACAUACAUGUGUGCACACACGUGUAAGCUUUCCUCCUUUUUGUUCAUGUGAUACCGGACACUUCGUGUGGGAAAGACCACCUCAGAAGUCGGAUUGUCUUAAAGGUGAGCCCAGGACUGGGGGAUCUUUGGAAUCACGAUCCUUUUCAGUAGCUUAUUUUUUAUUGACUGCAGCAUACCAGAAUUCUAGUUUUCUAUACAAAUCACAAGCUGCAAUCCCUCCCUGACCCUGACCACAGAUACCCAGAUAAUGCCAGAGCAAACGGUUUCCAGAGCGUGCUUCUGAUCUGUGAUGCUCGAGUAAUCGCUGCAGGAAUGGGCACACUCUGCAGGGACCUGGACACCCUGGUGCUCCCCAACUUGACCCAUUUCAAGUCACACCCAACAGUGACGUCUGGCUACAGCUGCCACAGCCUCUCUGACAAGUGCUCAUGUUUUUGAGGCAAGUUUGAGAAACAGCAGUAACGAAGGCCAAGGCGUCCUUGCUUCAUGGGGCAGAUGUCUCCGAGGUUGCUGAAGGUGCUCAGUAGUCUCAGGAUUAGUUCUAGAUACACCUGUCGUGUUCAAGUCCUGGAUCUGUGCCUUUAUUCUCUCCAUCUUGAUGCACAGCAUACUCAUUUUCUCUUCAUGCAGUAUUUUUUCCAUUCAGCAACAAAUUACCCCACCAGUAAUCUUAAUUAUUUUAAGUUCAUUUCACUCCUGCAGGAGACUAAAGUUGCUUCCUCCAGGAAGCCCUGAGGGGAAGGGUAGGGACUGAAACCCUAGUCCUCACCCACCUCCCUAGUGCCAUGCACCCAGAGCAGCAGCCCAGGGCAUCCCCAGGACUAAGUACAACUUUGACCUCUGAUCUGAAACUUAAAAAGAAAUUGCAUGUGAGGCCCCACCCCUCUGUCACUCAGUGAGCCUUUGGCCAAUAGUGUCUGCCCAUUAGUUGUGCGGGACUGUCUUGAGCUUGUCUGAACUCUGGUGAAAUCUGCUGUCGAAAAAUGGAAGAUCAUGAGUUGUGGGUCUGUGCUGGAUUAGUGGAGAAUCCCGUGCUGUGGAUUAUCAAGAGAAAGAGGGGCUUGUACAGUAAAUGUUACUGUCCUAGUUCAGCUUUAGAGACCCAAUUAUUACAUGAUGCAGCAGGUUGACUACUUUUAGACCAAACAUCUGCAUUCUUGGCUCACCAUGCCAGUGCUCGCUUCUGUGGCUAUAGGACCUGAGAACACCUGCUCCAGGAAACCCAUAAUGUGGACCCCACCAGUGUCCAGAGACUGCACUGGACCGAGCUCCUCUCAGCUCCGUGCCAGCAUCGUCUGGAGGAUCUGCACCUCCAGUCAGCUGCGCAGUCCCCAUCUGCCCUCCUCCUCCCCCUCCCCCUCCCCAAUAGUGCUGGUGGGUGCUAGGAAGCCCCCCCACCCCGCCCACCAUGAUGGCCCUGACUCCCAUGAGUGCUCCUGAUAACUCAUCUCUGGACCAUUGCCAGGAAGGGGGUAGUUUUGUCUUGUAGUUUAGCUCAUCGGGAUUUAAUCACAAUUACUAGAUGUGCAGCACCCUCAGACCGUUUAUGAAACGCUGAGCCUCAGGUUUCAUAGACAUGUUUGUACACUAAGAAUUCUGCAGCAGAAUAUUUUUAAACAUUCGCAGUUUUUUUGUAAGCUAUAUUUUUGUAUAUUUAAUUGCUAUUUUAAAAUUUUAAUGCAUUUUUUGCUAAUUACUCGUUUUUAAGAAAUAUAACAUGCAUGUGAUUGACUUAAAUGUAAAUAAAAAGCAGAUUUUGAAAAUACUUUGUGUUGAGCCUAUACUCUUGAACAGGAACCUGCACCACUUAAGCCCCCUUAGCAAGAAUUGGAAAGUCAAGGUGAGUGGUUCUGCUCAAAUGGAGCUGGUUACCAGCAUCAGGUGAUUGUAAUGGAGGUGCUUCUGGCCUAGCCCCUCCUGUGGUGGGGGUGCAGGUUGCGGUGAGCGCGCCAGUGUGGGAGAAGGCAGAGGA